AUGACACCCAUGGGAACAGGUGUGAUAUCGGCGAUGAUGAUGAUGGUGGUGCAGGGUGACGGCGAUAACCCAAACUUAUUUGAGCUUGAUGAUAACGACCGGUUAGCACAACGACAGGCUGCUGAGGAGAGCUGGCGGCUCCCUGGGUUGGUUGGCGGCUCUUCCUACCGGUUGUCCCAGGCUAGGCCGGGAGGUGAGGGGAGAGGAGGAGAGGAAUGCGAGGGGAGUGUGUUGGGGGACCCCCAGCCCCACCCUGGCCAGCCCUACAGUCGCUACGACCUGGAUGACUUUGACGUGGCCUGGCUGGAGCUGGUCAACCACGAGUUCAGGCAGAUGGCUUUACCUGAGCUGGAUGAGCUGACUAUGGAACGUGUCUUGGUGGAGCUGGAGAGUGUGUGUGAGGAGAAGAUGCAGCAGGCCAUUGAGACGGAGGAGGGCCUCGGCAUCGAAUACGACGAGGACGUGGUGUGUGAUGUCUGCCGCUCGCCGGAGGGAGAAGACGGCAACGAGAUGGUCUUCUGUGACAAGUGCAACGUCUGUGUCCAUCAGGCAUGUUAUGGCAUCCUGAAGGUGCCCCAGGGGAACUGGUUGUGUCGAACCUGCGCUCUUGGUGUCCAGCCCAAAUGCCUGCUCUGCCCCAAGAGAGGAGGGGCCCUCAAGCCCACCCGCAGUGGAACCAAGUGGGUCCACGUCAGCUGUGCCUUAUGGAUCCCCGAGGUGAGUAUAGGCUGUCCAGAGAAGAUGGAGCCCAUCACGAAGGUAUCCCACAUCCCCGCCAGCCGCUGGGCCUUGUCCUGCAGCCUGUGUCGAGAACACACGGGUACCUGCAUACAGUGCUCCAUGCCCUCCUGUAUCGUGGCCUUCCAUGUGACCUGCGCCUUUGACCACGGCCUGGAGAUGAGGACCCUCCUGGCUGAGAACGACGAGGUGCGUUUCAAGUCCUUCUGCCUAGAGCACAGCAGCACCUCCGCCACCGUCAGCCAGGCCACCAAUAACAACACCGCCACUGUCAAUGGCAACCACACCACCAGCAACACCUCCGUGGGCGCGGGCUCCGAGCUCAGACUGGAGCAGCCGCACCAGCCAAACGGCAGCAGCGACCUGGAGCAGAGGUUGGUACCGUGCCCGGUGUCGGUAUCCGAGCGAGCUGAGCGGGACCAGCUGGAAAGAGAGAAGGUGAGCCAAAGGAAACAGAAACUUCAGGAACUGGAGGACGAGUUUUACCGGCUGGUGGACCCCAGGGAGGUGGCGGAAAGACUGGGGCUGCCCGACUGCCAGGUUGAUUUCCUGUACCAGUUCUGGAAGUUGAGGAGGAAGGCCAACUUCAACCGACCUCUGAUGACCCCGAAAAGGGACGAGGUGGACAACCUGGCUCAGCAGGAGCAGGAUGUCUUGUACAGGCGUCUCAAACUCUUCACACACCUUCGACAAGACCUAGAGAGGGUGCGGAAUCUGUGCUACAUGGUGACACGGAGAGAGAAGAUGAAGCACACCCUGUGUGACCUUCAGCAGAAGAUUUUCCACCUGCAGAUACAACUCCUGGAGGAAGACAUGGCUGGAGAGAAAACCCAAAAGGGAGAGAAGAGGAGGCAGGGCAGCGUGAAGGAGAGAGGCAAGGAGAGGCGGAAGAGCAGUCCUGAGAAGAAGGAAAGGUGGAAGUCCGAGAACGGCUCCCUGCUCAAAGAACUAGGUAUCUCCAAGUCUUUCCCAUUGGGCAACCCUCUGUUUGACAGCUGGCUGGCUAAGUCGGUUCAAAUCACCGCUAACGACAUGCUGAGCCAGUGGGCUCUGAGCACCCAGCACCAAGACAAGAGCGCCAGUCUGCUCUCGGAUCAGCUUCUCCAGGGGGAGGAGAGUCUGCUGAAUUUGAUGAUGGAAAACUCCAUGCAGUCUGCCUGGAAGACCCCGCAGCUGGGCCGCAAACCACGGGGUGGCAGCAAGCCCCGCACCCGCGGGCACACCAACUCUGUCACCGGCCCUGCCCCGCCCCGCACCCCCUCUGCCGCUGCCUCCGCCUCAUCCGGCCGCAGGGAGAGCGCUUCCGAGGAGGACGGGCCCGGUAUCACAGGCAACAGAGCAGAGAGGUCAAAGGGCUCCUCCAAAGCCCAGCACCACCGCCACCACCUUCACCAUCCCCCCACAAGACGCUCCGACUCACAGAGGGACCCACCACCGCAGCCCCCCAUUUCCAAGAUGGAUUCCUGUCACAUCUCGGAGGACCACCGGCCUUGGGAACGCAUCUACAUGGGGAACGGAACCGGGGCAGGGUCCACCAUGCUGAUACCCAGCCUUGCUGCCGCCUCCUCCACACUUCUACCCGCCAGUCCUGGACUGGGCGCCAUGUCGCCUGAGACGAGGGGUGUCCCCAGGACUGGAGCCCUGCGGCUACGCCUAUCGCGUCAGGGUAAAUCCCGGGGAAGGAAUGGAGUCGAAGGCGUAGUGGGGGCCGAGUCUAAGGACCACCCUGAGAGAGACCCGCCCCUCCCAGCAAAAGAGGCUUCCCUGUUGGAUGCUGCGGAGACAGACGGGUACUUCUCGGACGGGGAGCUGAGUGACUCAGAUACACGCUCCCACGGACGCAAACUCCGCCUGCCACCGUUGCAUUCUGGGAACGAGGACCUGCUGAGGAGGAGCGUGCUGGCAUCAUAG